AUGGCCUGCAUCUUCCUCUCCAGACACUUUACCACCACUGCCUCCUUCAUAUCAAGUGCACCUCCAGUGGAAAGUUGCGGAGGCGUGGAGCUGCUGCUGGUCCUGUGCGGCCUGGACGUGUCGCUGCUGUGCCCUCGCCACUGCAUCUGCUACAUGUCGCCCAGCACGGUGUCCUGCCAGGCGCACAACUUCCAGACGGUGCCUGAGGGAAUCCCGCCGCACAGUCAGCGCAUUUUCCUGCAGAACAACAAGAUCGGUCGGCUCCUGCACGGCCAAUUCCCGUCGUCUGCCGCCAUGCUGUGGCUCUACUCGAACAACAUCUCCUACAUCCAGCCGUCCGCCUUUCACGGUUUUCAGCUUUUGGAGGAGCUGGACCUGGGCGACAACCGCCACCUGAAGGCGGUGGCAGCGGACACCUUCCGAGGCCUGGACCGCCUGCGCGCCUUGCACCUGUAUCGCUGCGGUUUGCUUGGCUUGCCGCAUGGCCUUUUCGAAGACCUCCACAAUCUCCAGUAUCUCUAUCUCCAGGACAACCAGUUGGAGUUCCUGGAGGACGACCUGUUCAUAGACCUACUGAACCUAAGCCAUCUGUUCCUGCACGGCAACCGCCUGUGGAGCCUCCACCAGAACACCUUCCGGGGCCUGGGCGCGUUGGACCGUCUACUCCUCCACCAGAACCGCAUCCAGUGGGUGGAUAAAAUGGCUUUCCACGACUUGAGGCAUCUCACCACACUCUACUUGUUCAACAACUCACUGACGGAGUUGUCGGCAGACAGCCUGGGUCUCCUGCCGGCCCUUGAGUACCUUCGCCUCAACGACAACCCUUGGGCCUGCGACUGCAGGGCGCUUCCGCUUUGGGACUGGCUGCGGAACUUCCGGGGCUCCACUUCUUCGUUAGUGUGCGUUUCACCUUUGGAGAUGGCGGGGAAAGAUCUGAAGACGCUGAGGAAAGAGGAGCUGCCCAUGUGUCUUAAGGGGGGAGUCGAGGUGGGGGGUACGACGGGUGGUGAAUCAUUGAACCACCUGAAUCGUCACCGGAGCCACCACGACCAGCACCAGCGACCGUACCUGCCCCACGGCGACCAGCACAACUUGCCACCACAUUCGACCAUCCCACAACCACCCAAGGGGGCUCGCGGGAACUGCACCCGGCGUGGGCGUAAGGUCAAAGGGGGGCACAACGAGGUGCGGUUGCUUCGCGAGGGAAAGGAGAAAGACUUUGGAGGUAAACACGAGAAGUCAACCACCGCCAGAAGGAAGAACAAGUGUGUCCUGAGAACUUCAGUUGAGACUCCAAGUGGGGUCCAGAGAGCCGCCAAUGGGGCCACAACACACUUUGAAGGGACUUUUUUCUGCUUAGCGCUGCUCACGUCUCUGAUAACGGCACUGAUUGAGAACGUGGUCAGUUUUGACUGUUUUGUUUGGAUUUUUUAG